AUGACCACCUUCCUUCAUCUCAACUCUUCAAGUCAGGUUAAGGAACCUGCCAUCCGGUCUUGUGCCUGCCGCUUCCAUCCCGUCCCAUCGGCCCGGAUGUCUCCCUCUCUCCCCCCAACCUCCACUCACAUCAAUAACGACAACGGCAACGACAACGACUACGACACCGACUUUUCGCCAUUCGGCCCCCAAAACCAGCUCACGACGAUCCUCGAAGACCGUCCCCUUUGCUUGCCAGAUGCAGCUUUGCGGCCGCCAGCGGCAAAACACAGCCACAACUCAAGACUCGCGGCAUCUCCCUCACCCAACCAUUUCCUGCACUUUCCAAGGUGGAAAGACACGCACAGCUCGUCUCCAGCCAUACGGUACCGAAUCACCCCCCUCGAACGCCAACGUCUACGCGUCUACUCUCCUGACGCAAGAUACAGGCUCAGCCCUUGUGGCAACAUGCAGAAUACGAGAACACAAGGCCUGCUCAAGUUGCCUCAUGCAAAGUGCAUCUCCACCGCCCACCCAGCACUUGACCUCCAGAUUUGCAUUCACAGCAGCUGUAGCCUGUCCUUGAAAGUUUCCUCCCCCGAUAUGGGGCGCCGAGCCACGGAGCCGACGCGGCCUGAUCGCCGCUGGAGCCCCCCGUUCCUGAAACUUUUCUAUUCCUGUUCUUAG